UAAAAGAGGUUGGGGAAUGUUGGGUCGGUUUAAGUGACUCACAGUGGAAUCGUGCACAUUUUUUGCGUUUCUGCCUUCCAGAGGGAGCGUACGAUCCGCACUACACGACUGGGUACAAGGACAGUGACUUGUUUUCGUCUCUGGAACAGGGCGCUGUUAAAAAGAGUGAUAACUGGAGUGGCGUUAAGUAUUAAGUGGAUCAACUGGAGAUGAAGAUUUGUUUGGUGCGACGCAGACCGGGUGGAUAACGUGGUGAAACAAAGAAGACACUGUCUGUACUUCUGAGUUUUGAUGCAGAGGUUAUAUGUGUCAGUUAUCCCUUGUUAGCUUUUUUCCUAAAUCCAUUACGGUGUUUUAGGUGUCAAGUUUAUGGUCAUGUGGCAGCAGUGUGUAGGGGGGAGAUUCCUCAAUGUGCGAAGUGUGCAGGUGGACAUGAGACAAAGGAAUCUGUAGUAUCGGUGGAAAAAGUUGUGUGUGUAAACUGUAGAGGUACCAAUGGUGCUGGAGAUCAGAGGUGCCCGGUGAGAGAAAGGCAGUUUGAGAUUGCCAGCAUCAGAGUAGUGCAGGUGUUGUAUGCUGAGGCUGUGAAGAGAGUAAUAGAGGAAGAUUGAGCCAUGUGAGUAGGCUGAGGCCAAUAGAGAGUGAUAGGAAUUACAUGUGCUUCAGUAAGGUCGAUUUUUUGGGGCAUUCAUGGCCAUGGUUGUCAAUUGUACCGCAGGAAUGGAAUGUAAAUUACAGAGGAUAGAUGUUCUGGUGGCAGCUGCUGAGAAGCACUUAGGUGUACAAGAUUUUACUGCAGAAGAGUCACAGAUGUUUUGAACAAUAGUGUCCUGUCCUCCCAGGCUGCUGGCCCCCAUGUAGGAUCAGAUAGGGCCAAUGUAGUGGAAUAGUGGUGAGGUUUUAAUGAGUACAGGGUUAGUUGGUAGGGCGAUUUUUGACAAAGAUAAUACAUUCAUACUACAAAAUAGAAGGGUGAUACACAGCCAAUACAGUAGGUGACGGCAUUCACCUAUAAUAUUUGUUCGCGGACCGCCAUAAUACCAAAGAAAAAGAAGACUAGCCGAUGGUCUCCGCCCCUUUCUCCUCCCCUGAUUCUUAUUAUUACUAUAUAGAAAAAAUGGGGCUAACUAGCGGGGAACUGGGUGGAUACAACACGAUUCACAAUGUAACAUAAGUGGAGCGAUAUAAAGAAUGGGCAGAGAAAGUCUAACCUAAUCGGACUUUAGAAAUGUGGAUCACAUAGACAACAGCCACCCUCGAAGCAGCGUUACCCAUGCAGAGCAAGGGGAACAACUACUCCAAGUCUGAUUGUUGACCAGACAAAGGAAGAGUUCUACAAAUCAAGGUGCUCAUGAAGAAUGGAACUAACCAUGUUUAACAUUUAACUUUGAUUAUUGAACACACCCUAAUGGAUUACGUAAGCUCUGCUGAACCAGAUGUUGAUGCCUUCAUCUGCACAGAAUGUGGGGAUGGCUUCAGGCGCUACCUUGACUUGGUUAAACACAUUACUGUUCAUGAACGACUCAGGACUUAUGAACGAACAGAUUCAUUUUCCCUUGACAGUUUGCCCAAUGGGUUUCAAGUUCCCCGUGAGUAUGCUCUCCAUGAAAAUGGAACUUUCAUAGUGGUUGACAGAUCUGGACCAUCAAACAACCCUUCUGUCAAGCAGCCAUCUUCAACUCCUUCACCUUAUCAGAAUUCAAAGACCAUUGUACCUACAAGUAAACCAGCCAAAACUGAUCUACGUGUUAACACAGUAUCUCACUCCCAGUGCCGCAGUGUCUCUCCUCUAAAACAGUACCGAUGCGAAACAUGUGGAAAAUCGUUUAACAACAAGCUGAGUUUACAACACCAUCAACAGUAUCGGAAUUUAGAGCAAGGUUUUAAGUGCACCUUGUGUUGCAAGAUCUUCACAGAUAAAGAGAGGCUAAGGGAACAUCUCCAAGAACAUGCCCAUGAAAUAUUUUACUGCUGUGAUCAGUGUGGAAAACGCUUUCUGAAACAAGAGACCCUGUAUGAUCAUCAAAAAGAGCAGCAUGGAUCGCUGGGGUUCAAACAAAUGGGGAAGUCGGACAAUAGUCAAGAGAACAUAAUACAGAAAACAUAUCCCUGUAAGAAGUGUAAUCUGUGUUUUUUCUGGCUCUCCGACAUGCAGAGCCACUUACUCAGUCAUUCCAAAGACAAACCAUUAUCUGUGAACUCUUCAUCCAAAAUCGAGCAACAGUCUCAGAAAGAUGAGCUAUCACAUACCAUAGAGUACAGCGACAGCACCCCUACCGAUGUGACCAAACAGUACAGCAGCGGCACCCCGACUACCGAUGUGACCAAACAGUACAGCAGCGGCACCCCGACUACCGAUGUGACCAAACAGUACAGCAGCGGCACCCCGACUACCGAUGUGACCAAACAGUACAGCAGCGGCACCCCGACUACCGAUGUGACCAAACAGUACAGCAGCGGCACCCCGACUACCGAUGUGACCAAACAGUACAGCAGCGGCACCCCUACUACCGAUGUGACCAAACAGUACAGCAGCGGCACCCCUACUACCGAUGUGACCAAACAGUACAGCAGCGGCACCCCUACUACCGAUGUGACCAAACAGUACAGCAGCGGCACCCCGACUACCGAUGUGACCAAACAGUACAGCAGCGGCACCCCGACUACCGAUGUGACCAAACAGUACAGCAGCGGCACCCCUACUACCGAUGUGACCAAACAGUACAGCAGUGACGCAACUGUCGAUGUGAAGACCCAAAAUGGCAAAUCUGAUUCCAAAACACCAUCCUCUUUCAGACCAUACCGCUGUGGUUUGUGUGGAGAUCGCUUCCAGCAGUUAACAGACUUGAAGGAGCAUCAUCUUACCCAUCAAACACAGGAAGAAAUUGACAAGUUAAAUAAGGAUUCAGAGUCACAAAGAGUUGUAAAAAAGUGGCAAAGGUAUACUCGCAUUGAGUGCAUCGUAACAAAACCACCUGCAAGGAAGGGAGGAAGGCCCCCACUUUAUAAAAAAGGCUCUGGGACAAAAUUACAUCCAUGCAAGCACUGCCACCGUGUAUUCAGUCACUCAAGUAGUCUGUCUCGGCACAAUAGAUCCCACAAGGGGACUCUUCAUACAUGUGUUCUCUGUGGGAAACAUUUUCCACAACGCUGUGAUGUCCGGAGGCAUAUAGCCAUGUAUCACAAACCUGAAUUAGAGAAGAAGCCAAGUCUUAAGUACUUGGCAUUGCAUUCUAAACCAGAUGGUGGUUCCCAAUUGAAUUCUGAUGUGUUGGAACAGAAUGUGUCAUAUAAAAUAAAACCCAAAAAGUCUUUAGACAGUGUUGUUACAGAAUUGGACAGUGACAAUGGUGAAGAUCAGCAAACCACAUCUACUGGAGAAGUGUCCGCUGCUCCUAAGGUACGGAGGAACUACAAGUGUGACCAAUGUGGGAAAAAGUUUGGGCUGCUGUGUGUGUACCAACGGCAUUUGCGGUACCACAAAAGGGAACCAGGUAGUGAAAUGGUUAAGUGCCCUCACUGUCCAAGUCGCUUCCGGAGUUCUUCUGCUCUAGGACGCCAUCUUGAGAUUCACCCAAGUCAAUCAAGGGGGGAAAUGGACAUGGAAGGACGGGCAUCUCCCACUGCUGACUCCAAUCCAGACCUGGACUCUGACCAAGACAAUGUAAAGGAUUUAGUGGGUCAUGGGGACAUUGACGAUGUCAUGGGUGGGAAUGGUGAAAAAAUUGGUCCAGCAGAGGUGCUGUACGAAUGCACUGAGUGUACAGAGACUUUUUCCUCCUUGCAGAAGUUUCUGAAGCACCAGAGUUCUCAUGGGUCCGAUAACCUUGGCUAAUGGAAACUAUGCAUGGUAUUUAUAUCUGGAGGUCCGAACCCUAACUUGGGAUCAAUACACAUACCACAUAUUGUUGCACUGUUAUGCAGACCUAAAUUCAUGAUUUACGAAAGUCCGAGUUACGUGCACGUCUCAAGUUAGGAUUCUUGCCUUGAUGAUGGAGCAGUUGAACAAGUGUUUAAAUUUUUUUUUUUUUUAACAAUUACUUGAGGAACUACAACCAGUAUGGUUCUUGGGGUGGGUGGGUCAUUCAUUCUGAACCAGAGUAGGAUGACAUUGAUGUAGCACUGCAUAGAUCGAGAUGGUGACUUAAGAACUGGGAAUUACUGAGAUUUGUAUUUUCUACAAUCAUGUGAAUUUGAGGUUAGUUUUGUAUCAAUGUUUUAGAUUGUUUUGGUUACUUCAGUUAAACCUUUGACAAUACCCCUGGAAAUGCCAUGGGAAUAAUGCCUUAAUAUGCUCAUUAUUGAAGCUAGUAGUCAAGCACAAUUUGCUAAAGACCCAUGGACCCAUGCAAAACGUUAAGAUGGUCUGCGGUAACAAUGACUGUCCAUUUUGUAAAGUAAUUAGAAAUGUUUUUUUUUUUUUUACAUGUGGAUUUCCAUUGGGAUUUCACUUAAACUAUUUAAGAGAUUAUUUAUUUGCAAUUGCCAAGCCUUUACAUCCAUGGUAUCUUUCUCAAGAUCAGAAAACCUGUCAAGGUGAGAUGUUCCCCAACUACCAGACCAGGAAUGUUGGUAUCAUUUUGAAAGGCUUUCUCAUGUAUCAUAUUUUCACUAUAUUGUGGCCAUGUCUCUCAAUUCACAAACUGGUUCUGUUAUCUAGAUCCGUGGUUCCCAAUGAGGGGUACUAGGACCUCUGGGAGUACUUACUUAGCCUAUCCACAGGGGGUACUUGAGACCAUAGGCCUACUGUAAAAUACACAUGAGGGGGUACUUCAGGGGUUGUCUGGGCAGAGCAAAAUUCAGUUGGUGGUACAGUAACCGAAAAAGAUUGGGAACCACUGCCCUCUGAUUUCUGCUGCCAGUCCUCUGGGUGGCCACGGAUCUGUUAACGCAUGAUCAUGUUUUUCCUUAGGACACGACAAGGUCCAGUGAUUCCAAUGCAAACCACACGUAGCAUUGUGAUGUAAAUUAGCCUUUUCAAAUGGUACUGUUGCUUCCUUUACUGCCUUCCAAACAAAUGCAUUGGCCCUGAUUUUAAAUGUUACUUUUUAUGCCAUUAAAGUUUAAAGAAAUGUA